CGAAGCAGCACGUUUUACGACGUGGGCAGAGAGAUCCAGGGCGACCUUUGCUCCUGAAAUUGUUUGCAAACUUUUUGUUUUGCCCCCCACCCCCCCACUUCCCCUCCAGAGAAAAAAAAAACCCCACACAAGGGUGGGUGGGGGGGAGUGGGUGGGAUUUGGUGUUGCCUUUGGUGGGUCCUUCGCAAUGUGCAACUAAAACACCGUGAAGGAGCACAAGCAGAUGGUUUAGAAACCCAGCAAUUUGCCCGAAUCUGCACGAGAACACGAUGAUCAGCUACAACAACAAUAACACCAGUAACUCCAACAUGACCUCGCUGGACAAGAAAGCUGUGGGGACCCCAAGCACAAUGGGGUUUCAGAGGCGACACUCAGUCACCCUGCCCAACUCCAGGUUCAAUCAGAAUCAGUUCCUCAACAGCCUCAAGCUGGAGCAGCCCGGCACCUUUGGGAACAAGGAGAACAAAUUCCGUGACCGUUCCUUCUCGGAGACUGGAGAGCGGUGCCUCCAGAAGCCACAAGUCCAGGUCAACUCCAGCCGCUACAAGACCGAACUGUGCCGGCCCUUUGAGGAAAAUGGCUCAUGCAAGUACGGAGACAAGUGCCAGUUUGCCCACGGCAUGCAUGAGUUGAGGAGCUUGGCCAGGCAUCCCAAGUACAAGACCGAGCUGUGCCGCACCUUCCACACCAUUGGAUUCUGCCCCUACGGACCCCGCUGUCACUUCAUUCAUAACGCAGAGGAACGCCGCAUGUCUCCCAGCCACGACCAAAACCAUCUCCCGCUCUCCCCCUCCAACAAGAUGGAGAGACCUCGCCUCCAGCACAGUUACAGCUUCUCUGGCUUUUCCAAUUCACCCAGCGGGCUGCUGGACAGUCCCACCUCAAUCACCCCUCCUCCCAUCUUCAGCACCGAAGACCUCAGUGUCUCGCCAACCCUGCCAGAUUGCGCCAGCAACCCCUUCACCUACUCGAGCCAGGAGCUGGCUAGCCUCUUUGCCCCCAGCAUCAGUAUCCAAGUGCCAAUGAUCUCUUCUAACGGCCCUCAUUCCCCCACUUCAUUCCUACUUCGGCCUUUGGCUCCGUCCUCCCCAAUCUUCGAACCGCCUCCGAGCCCCCCGGACUCGCUCUCCGACGACUACCUGAGCAGCUCCGGGAGCCUGAGCGGAUCCGAGUCCCCCACCCUGGACCCCAGCAAGCGGCUUCCCAUCUUCAGCAGACUUUCCAUUUCAGAUGACUAGUUUGGCCUUCAUUCCUCCCCUCUCCACAUAGAAAAAGGAGACGCAGAACUGUUUACACCCACACCCCCCAAAUGUUGCCCCCAGUCAGUACAUUUAAUAAGAAACCUUUAUUAGGGUCCACUUGCCCAUAUUUGACAAACUUGAGGGUUAAAGAUGUCCCGUCAACCCCCUGUUGCCAGCUAAAUGCAGUCUCAUUUGGCGACCUAGUUAGUUUAGCCUAUGCUUUCACUGUGACAGUAAGGGUACAGCAAUUAACAGCACAAGUACAGUUUGGGAGUUAUUCCCCAAAAAAGCAAGCCAAUUUUCUGGGUAGUUGACAGAUCGUGAGGGAGGAGGUGUGGGUAGGUGGCUCCAGUAAACAAAAGGGGCGGGUUUAAUUAUAUGGUUUAAGCUCCCGAUUGGAUUGAGGCACUUUGUGACACGACAGUCAUUUUAAUUUGUCAAAACCGCCACUACCUGCCCAGUUGUGAAGUUCUUGCUCGUUGGUUAAGAAUCUUUGCAGAAAGUAUUUUUUUUCUAAAAACUGAAAUGAUCUUUAGAAAUAGUGUAAAAUCCUAUUGUUUGCCAGUCAUGAUUUUUUAAUGUAGCAAAAAAAUUCCUUGCAUAUGAUAUCUUUAUCUGUAACUUUUUCUCCUGCCCAUUUUCCCUCCCAAUAAUUGCUGCACCCUUCCAAUUCCUGUGUGACUGCACCUCUGAGGAAGCAUGUUUUAGCGCAGGAUAGACCAUGAACUAAAACUUUUACCGUGUGUUUGUGUGUGUUUGAAUUUGUUUUGUAAGAUUUGCCCACAGCUAUAACAAGCAGUCCUUGUGGGCAAAUGGCUGGGCUGCAGGAAACUACCAGCACCUGUCCCCAUGUAAGCAGCACCAACAAGAAUUAUAAUCCCAGGGACUGGAGGCGAACAGGACCACAGGAAGGACUUUGUUUUUUUUCUCCCUUCCCCUUUCCUUUUUUUCUAUUCAUUCCAAUGGGCACAGAUUGUGGCAGUAUAUUGUGCAGGACUUGGAAGCGAUGAAUGUGUAUUUUUUUUCAAUUGAAAUUGGGGAUGUUUUUAUUGCUGGUGACUUCAAUGUGGUGCUAUUAUAAGUCAAGUUGCUGCCUCCUUUAUUUUAAAAGAGUAAGAAUUGGCAUCUCGAGGGGGGUGGGGGCUGACUGCGCCUUCAGCUGACUAUAUAUUUUAGGGAUAGGAGCUAAGAAUAUGUGAGAACCUCUUUAAGAAAAUUAAUAGUUUUGAUUCUUUGGUUCGAGAGAGUGAAGUAGAUAUACAAGCUAGUCUCCAUCAGAGGACUCGAGCCAACUUUUUCUCUGUCUCCACCUGGGUUUAUAAUUUUUGUAGCCUGUUCAGAAAUCUGUACAGAAUGAGCUUCUCACUGCACACACAACACAAAAAAAUUGCUUAUUUAACUUAUCGAACAUAUUUAUUGCCAAACAUAUGCAUUUUUUGUUUGUAUUUAUCAAAAAUGAUGAACCAUAGAGUAUAUUUUCUUUUAUGUUUAAAUUAUGAUCUUCUUAAUCUUAAGAUUAUGAGGUCCUUUUUUUGGUCUUUUUUUAAUUUUCGUUUUGUUUUCCACAGUUUAAUAUAUUAUACUACAAUGAUGAGGGUUUUUGUAACUUUACUCUUCAGUUAUGUUAUUUAAUAAAAAAAACUUAAUUUAAAAACACAAAAAACAAUUUGAGUUUAUUUAUUUUGUAGUGUCUCUUUACCCCCCUCUUUUUUUAUUUCUCUUUCAUUUUGUAAUUGAGUGAAACUCACUGCCUUUUUAAAUUCUGGUUGUAUAACCGGGGAGUGGGAUAUGGGGGACGAGCUUGGCCAUGCUUGUACCCUGGCUUCAACUGUACAAGAGACUGUUUAACUCUGAGCUUUGUAAUGUCAGUGGUGCCUACGAGCUGUGACUUAAAAGUGCCUGUCGAACACAACAUUCCAAGCAGCUUUGUAUGCUUCAAUAAUUCAUUUUUAUUAAAAAAAUAAGCUCUGGUUUCCUAUAGAACCAGGGCUGAGCACAAAGCGAUGUUGAAUGUAUUUUUACCUCUUUACAGUUCACUAAGUUUUCCUGUGUCUUGUUUAUACGGAGUACUUUUUUUUGUAACAGCUGGUUCUCAUGUAAACCAAUAAAACCCCCAACGUGUGUUUUUUUCAAA